AAGAAAAACAAAAUUAUUCGAAUCUCAGGUCGAUGACAGUUCAGGAAUUUAUGCGUUUCAAGUUUUACGAUAUCAUAAAACUAUUUCUUGAUUAAAAAUGAUGAAUACAAUGUGGCUCGGCGAAGAAAGUAUGUAUAUUAACAAAAAGAAGGAAAAGCAUCCUGAUAUAGUUUCUCAUCGAAGGACCAAAGAUUCUGAUUUACCGGAAAUUAGAAAAUUAAUUCGAAUGAAGACUUCUGAGAUAUUUGGAAAUAUCAAUUGUGCUCAAGUUUUUGAAGAAGCUUGUCUUUCCUUGGUGCAGUUGAAUGAAAAAGAGAAAAUAGUUUCACAUGUUAGUCUUUAUACUUUUCCAAAUGUUCCUUCAAUUCCACGAAAUGAUUGGAUUUGUUGGAUUACUAGACACUACGGGUUAGAAAAUGUCAAUACAGGAAAUGUUUUAUUUAUUCACUUUCUUGUCUGGGAUACUCGAUAUAUAGGAGAAUUUUUUGAUAAAUUGUUGAAUGCUAUUUUCUCUAUGGCCACUUUUUGCUUCCACCUGAUGCUGGUACAUCCACCUUCGGUCGUUCCAGUGGAGGUGAUAGAAAAACACAUGACGAGAGUUGUACCAAAAUGGGAAGAAGAUACUUACAAAAUUCAGGCCAUAUAUAUUACUAUUCGACAAAGGAAAAACAAAAAAUGUACAUUUCGUUUGGCUGUGGAGGAUGAUAAUGACGGCAUCGUUCGAAUAAUUGAUAGAGAAAAGAAUAAAUUAAAAGAAUUUUAUGGAGAGUAUUAUAUCAGUGAGAUGCUUAAAUAUUCAGAUAGCGAAAGAAAAAUAAUUGUUUCUGAAACUGACGGAGUUAUAACAGGAGUGAUGAUCAUCACUAAAGUGAUUGACCUUAAUUUAUUGAAUAACGUUUUCGCACUUGGUCCUUAUAAUGGAUUGAGAAAAUCUGGUGAAAAUGAGAUUAAAAAUCAGGGAAACUUUGAGGAGGUGCAAAGUGACUAUAGCUUUUUUCAGAAACUGGAAGAGAAUCCAAAAAUGUUAAGAUCAGAAGCUAGUCACAGUACUAAAAAAGUAUCAGAGAGGAAUAAUGUUUUCGUCUGUCAAUGCUCUCAUGAAAAAUCACAAAAAAUUGGGGAAAUUUGCCCUAUUUGUUUUCCUGGUGUCACAAUUUCAAAAGCAAGCGAAAGUGAAGAAGAAAUUAGGGAAGAUAAGAGAGAUGAAAUGAAAGUAGUUCAAGAUUUUGUAAAGAAUGGAAUUAGAGAAAAGAAAAAUAAAGAAAAAGUUGAAGAUAAACAAGAAAAUGAAGAUAAGACCGAGAAAGUAGAAACUAAAAUUGGAACAAUAGAUGAAAAUGAAAGCAUAAAAGAUUUAGUGGAGGAAAAGGAAAGAGAUGAGAUAGAAAUGGAAAAUGUAAAAGAUAUUGAAGCAGAAAAAGAAGAAAAUAGAGAAAAAAAAUUAAUAGAAAAGGAAAUUGUAGAAGUUUUAUUCCAAAAAGAAGAAAAAGGAAUACAAAAGAAAGAAAACGAAGAGUUGAAGGAAGAGAGUUCAAAGUUCUUCGAGAAUAUGAAGGUCAAGAGCUUGUCUCAAACUGCAUUUGCUUGCCUAUUGAUCUCGAAUGAUGAAGAUCAGGACUCUGGCCUUAAUCAACUUCUCCUUGCACAAUCGAUAAAUCUGCAAUCCAAGAUAAGAAUUAGCAUAAUUGCAGAUACUCUUGGCCACAUUCCAAACAGGAGACUAACGAUUCCUGGUAUUGAAGUUUCGGAAUUAAUGCUGCAGGAAUUAAACUCUUCAAAUUAUUCAACUUCAUCCUUUCAAGGCAAAUCGAAUGCUUUUGUUUUAGAAAUUUUUAGCUUGCAAGAUUAUAGGGAUCAGGAAAUUGGUCAAGGUUUUCUGCAAGCAGCUUUUGAAUGUAUUCCUAGCAUGGAUUAUUGUGCGAUACUUUUACCAUCAACUCAUCACUUUUUCCCAUUUAUGGAAAACUUUGUGAGAGUGCCCUUGCGUUUCAACAAGGAUUUUCCAAUGGCCUUGUACCUCGCACAUCGAGCAGUUUUCUUGGGUAAUUUUAAAUCAAGAGAAGCUGUACCUUACGAUCUCGAAGAAAAUUUAAACCAACUUCUCUAUGGAAUACUUGGGAAAGAAGCUAUAAUCAAAGAUUGCCAGGAAGCCGUUUUUAAAUUAAAUAGAGAAAAAGAAUGCUUAGUCUUCUUCUGUGAGGAUAUUUUAAUCGGGAUUGCCGUGUUAAGUUUCGAGAGAGAAAUCAACUUUCUGCGACGUCAUUAUCAUAUUGACGAUUACGUAUCGAUUCAAAAUGUUCCCAUCGAUGGGCAUGGCCGACUGCUUCACUUUGUGAUCAUGCCAAUAUUCGCUGUAUGUCACCGAUUUUUCUAUCGGGAAAUUAUGCGAAUCACUGGGAUGUCGAUUUUGUAUUAUCGAUUGUAUGAGAGAGAUGCCAGGGCUCUGACUCGAACGCACCCCCUUGUGUCUUGUCUGAACGAUAUGAUUCCUGUGGAACCACGAAUUAAAACGGAAUUUAAAUUUCAACAUUACUACGAAAACAAUUUGAAUCCUUCAAUGAGUUACCAAGAGGAAAGAUUUUCCCUUUUCAUGAUGACUCCUCAAUUAUCAACAAUUUCUAAACCUGUUAUAAAUACAAAAAUUGUUGUGGUUGGUGCUUCCGAUUGUGGAAUGGCUUUUAUUGAAAUGCUGGUAUUCGCCUCAAGAGCCGAUUCUGCUAAUUUUACGAAUGUUACUCUAAUCUCUACGAAUGGGUUGCCUUAUGAAAAAAAUAGGACCUGUUUGGAAAAAAAAUUCAUUCCAUUUAAUGGUCGUUAUUGUCACGCUUACAGGCAAAUGAAAGCAGGCAGAGCCUGGUUCAAUAUUAUUAAUGGGACAGUCAGUGCUAUCAAUCGAAAACAAAAAUACGUAACAGUGAAGAAAUUAGGGCACUUGACAUACGAUUAUCUGAUUUUAACGUGCGGCCUUCAAUUUCAAAAACCAAGGCUUCCUAAACAAAAAAAAAAUUGGAAUGGAGAAAAUCCAACGGAAAGUGAAACUCCCAUAAAUUGUUUAUCAAUAAAUGACGACACGGAUGCUGCUGUGUGUGUCAAGAGUUUAAAAAAUUGGACGGAAAAUUUGACAACUAAAAAAUGGAUAGUAUUCUAUGGUUGGAAUAUCGAAUGCUAUUGUGCUUUAAAUGCUUUCCUCGAAAUGGGAGUGAAAGGUUCCUGGAUAACUUUAAUCGAACCUCCUCUUCCUGGAUGUGAAAUGCAUGAUAAAGUUUUCUUUAAUAAUAGUGAGGUCGAUAUUGCAGUGAUGAACAACAUAGUUGAAAGUGGUGUGAAAAUUCUGUCGGGGCGGGAUCUGAUCGACUGGGAAUUGGAAGAUAAUUCAAAUGGGGGCAAGGUUAUUAAGAACUUGAAAAUAGAAUCAAAGUCAGAAACGGAAACAGUCCCUUGCGACAUCCUCAUGAGUUUUAGUGAGAAACGAAUCCAAUUGGAAACUUUCAUGGCUUUUUCUCGAGCUGGACUAGUAUUUGAUGGAUUAUUAGUGAUCGAUUCAAGAUGGAGGACUAAUGAUCCUUUUAUUUUCGCUGCUGGUACUGUCACCAAAUAUUCAAGAAAAUAUUUCGCGGAUUUAUCGAAACUGAAAAAUUUCAAUUCUCUCGAAGUCGGCGAAAGGUUGGCAAAGCAUUUAAAGAAAAAAAUUGAAUUUCACACACAAGAUGGAGAAAUACCUGUAAAGUCAAAGUCUAGGAAACUCAAACCACUUCCGGUUUAUCAAGUUCCAAGGUGCAUUUCUUGUAUUCUACCUGGAGGAUUUUAUUAUCUGCAUGUUCAUCAACCUGGAAAGAAAGUGCAAGGAAGAGUGGCAAUUUCUAAUGAUAUUUAUGGCGACGUUUGUGUGACAGGAACCUGCACUUCUGAUAUUGGUUAUUUCAGAAUACGGAUAAAUAUUUAUGGUUUUAUUGAAUCGUAUACGUGUUUUAGUAAAAAGAAUUUCGAAGUUCAAAAUUUGAUAUCCUUGUACGGAAAACACGAAUCUUUAUUAAAUAAUCUUAAAACCCGAUUUCAACUUUCGGGUGGUGAAUGCUUGGUGGAUGAUAUUAUGAAAGCUCUGAUCAAAUCAAAUUGGAAUCAAAUUUCUGAAGAGGAUGCAAAGAAUAUUGAAAACAAAUUCAUAGGAUCAAGUUAUCAAGAGGAAAUUGAAAAAAAUUUGAUUGACUUUUUGCAAUAUUUUAGAGAAGAACUUCCAAUGUAUUGUAUUCCUCAAAGAGCGAGAGAAAUUUUGAAAGAUUUCCAAGAUAGUCCAUUAUUUACUGAUCAGUAAAAAUAAGAAAACUGGUCUAUGAAAACUAUUGUAUAUCAAUUUAAAAAAUGCUUAAAAAUAUU